CAGAACACAGAGAUGUAACCUAUCCGGCAUCCUAUAAAUACCGGCCCGGUGCCGCCAAUACCUGCGCACGGUCUUCAACAGACUCAUUCUGCUAUAACCGAUAGGAGCUCGUUCCAAGAUGGCAUCUCUUUCAGCGGCUUUGGUUGUCCUUGUGACAGGUGCUCUCGCAUCUCCUGCAACCAAUUCUCAACAACUAUCCACCCGCCAGGUUCCAGAUCAAGCUCAAGUCAUUGACUGGAAAUCUAUCAAUGUUCUUCCAACUGUUCUCCCUCCCACUCAAGCGAACGCUUCUGCGUUCUUUUUUGUGCCGCCUGGGCUUGACUUGGAAUCAAUGAAGGAUAAACCAUUUCAUAUCUUUGAUGAUGAAUUCUAUGAUGUGAUUGGCUCCAACCCUACGUUGACGCUCAUCGCCAGCUCUGGGAACGAGCUUCUAUUUCAUGAGGCCAACACCUGGUAUCCGCCUACGGAUGAGAUGUUUUUCGUGCAGAAUGCGGGAGCAAAGCCGGCUGGCACAGGCUUGAACAAGUCCAACGUCAUUUCCAAAAUUUCUCUCAGCGAAGCUGCGGCGGUGUCAAAUCUCCGCAAUGCGACGGGAUCCGUCACUAUCCAGACUCUCGACACCCCAGAAAUUAUCAAUUCCAACGGCGGGACGAACUUCCAAGGCCAGAUUGUGGUUACAACAGAAGGACAAGGCGAUGACAAACCGGCACAAUUGAUGCUGAUGAAUCCAGUCGAACCUUACAAUUCAACUAUACUUAUCAACAACUUCUUCGGACGCCAGUUCAAUUCCCUGAAUGAUGUGUCCGUAAACCCGCGCAAUAAGGAGCUAUAUUUCACGGACACCCUGUAUGGAUACCUACAGGAUUUCCGACCCGUUCCAGGCCUCCGGAACCAAGUAUAUAGAUACAAUUAUGAGACGGGAUCUAUCGCAGCAGUCGCUGACGGAUUCACUCUCCCUAAUGGAAUUACAUUUUCUCCUAACGGAUCACAUGCGUACAUUACCGACACCGGUAACAGCCACGGCUUUUGGGGAUGGAAUUUCUCUAACCCUGCGAGCAUUUAUCGCUUCGACGUUGAAGAAGACGGCACAUUCGGUAACCGACACCUUUUCGCCUAUGUUGACUCAGGUGCCCCAGACGGUAUCCAUUGCGACAGCAAAGGUAACGUUUGGGCGGGCUGUGGCGAUGGCCUACAGGUGUUCAACCCGUCGGGCAAACUUAUCGGAAAAGUCUUCCUCGGCAAGACUUCCGCCAACUUCAACUUUGCCGGCGACGGACGGAUGGUCAUAUGCGCGGAAGACGAGCUCUACUAUGCUACUCUCGCGGCUUCGGGGGGCGGGUACAUUUCGUAGUCUUAACCCUAAUGAAAUACAGGAAAGUUUCUAGCUGAGAAAAAAGAAAAAAGGAAUUUUCCAAA